CAUGGGCUAUAGCGUGAACAACGUUGUAAAAAUCAAAACGGGCGAUAUGUUAAUCUCCUAAGCACAAAUAUAAAGCUAUGAUUAGAUACAUGGUUCAUACGGAUAAACAGUUUUACCGAUAUAGCCAUGUACAGUGAUCUGUUCAACUUGUGACAUCACUAUUGUCUCUCUUCGUGAACGUUUCAUUUUAAAAACAAUCGCUGCAGUUUGAUUUAUUGCGUAUCUUAUUUAUUUUGACGGAUAUAUUUUCAUUUAUUGCCUGGACAAUACCUGACGAUAUUAAGUGAAUGGUGAUUUAUUGUUAUAUUAAAUAGUGCACCAUAAAACUUUAAGGGGAAAAAGUGAGAUCGUUCAACAAGGAAUUAAAGUUACAUUAAGAAGAAGAAACUUGUUCUAGUUGUUUUCAGAGAUUCGAACCUGAAACCAUUUUUGUUAUGAUAAGUGGACUCUACGGUCGAACUUCAUGUCAUAUCAGUCAGGGUACAACACGCCGCCAUCAUUGUCCGAUCCGCUUUUGAUGACAUCUACCCCCAUACCACCAGUACCACCGCCACCUCCUGCAGCGCCAUCUGGUUCUUUGACUUCUCUUACAUCGUCUCUUAACACAUCUUGCUGUGAAAAUGGUCGGCCAAUAAUAACCGACCCUCAUACAGGACAAAGCGUCUGCUCGUGCCAAUACGGAUCUGGACUGCUUAGUGCUUAUAGCCGAGUCCCUGGUUUAGGAGAAAGCAUGUAUACCUCACCACAUUACCCGACUCAGAGUUACAUGCCUUUGAAUACAGAUUCAUCGGCUUUCUACUCGCCUUUGAAUGCUGCUGCACAUUUUGACACCCUGAAGGAUCCUUCUUCAGCCGAUGCUUGGCGUGGAAUUACCCAGCCGACAGCCUGCUACCCAUACGAUCAGACAAUGGUCCCAUACCCUUACCCAAACACUUACGGCGGCAUGGAUCUAAAUGGAGCAGCCAGAAGGAAAAACGCAACGCGCGAAACGACGAACACAUUAAAAGCAUGGCUUUAUGAACAUAGAAAAAACCCAUACCCAACAAAGGGUGAAAAGAUUAUGUUAGCAAUAAUUACAAAAAUGACUCUUACGCAAGUUUCAACCUGGUUUGCAAAUGCUAGGAGACGUCUAAAGAAAGAGAAUAAAAUGACAUGGUCACCUAGAAACAGAUGUGGUGAAGAUGAUGAUGACGACGAUGCUGACAAAAACGAAGACAGUGAUGAUGGAGAUAAAAAAGAUACAGACAAAACACACAACGACUCAAAUGAUAAAGAUAUGGAAGAUGGAUUAGAUUCACAGAUGACACAAAACAAAGACACAAAAACAUUAACUAGCUUUAACACACCGAAUGACGACCGUCUAGGAUUGGAAGCCAGUCUUUCUCUGACACCGCCUCCGCUGAAGCCACAAGCCACUCUAGUUCCAGAUUUAAACCUAGGUAACGAUCUCAAACGGCUUGGCUCCCCGUGUUCAAAUAGCAGCGAUUCCGGUCUCAGCGAUAUAAAUGGGUCCAUGUCUACGAAUGGAUCUGCUUCAGAUCAAAGCGACCCGUUACGACCCAGAAUAUGGUCCCUUGCCCAUGUCGCAACUUCCGCAGCAGGAAUGGUCCCCCCUAUGAUGGACCAUAAAGAUCAGAAUGCCAAUCUUACACAAUUAAAACCACCAAAUUCAAACCAAAUGCCAAUGUCAGCCCCAACUUAUACAUCUACAGGAAACACCAUGAGACCGUGGUUGGAGACAUCCUUUAAUGUCGGAUCUUCCCUUUUUUCUCCAAUGUCAGGGACCUACAACACUCUAGGGACACAAAGGCCUAGAGAAUCACCAUCUAGUAUGGUAAAUCAGAGUCUGAAUUCAUUAAAUGGUCUGUCAUCUCCGGGACUUUCAAGACCAUAUCCGAGUCUUUCUUCCCUGUACACGCCCGUUCGAGAUCUCACAAAAAGAAACCUAGAUACGAUGACUGAAUUACGAUAGUUGGAUAGGGAAUACGAACAUUGCUUUAAUUAUUAUGACUUACAUAUAUUAAUUAUCAUAUGAUUAAUUUGAAUAGUUUACUUUAGAAAUGUACAAAAAACAACAAUUGUUCAUCUGUGGAGACAAUUGACGAAUAUUUAUAUGAACAACAAUCUGAGAAGUAUGUUAUUGGUAGUAAAGGUAUCAAAGGAGUACUGGUGAUAUCAGGCAAAAUGAACAUGGUUACUAGUACAUUUGUUUAAAACUUUUCUUAACAAACAAAUGUUCAAACAUUCUAAAUUGACCUACUGAAAGUGAGAAGAAGCGUUGGAUUGUGUUACAAAUGUAGGAGGGAAAAUUGACUGUGCGUCUGAAAAACUUUUAUCAGAAUUCGUUUGCUGAUGAGACAAACAGCUACUUGACUAGUGUCCCUGAAAACAUGAGGUUACAUACGGGUGAUUUUUAAAUAUAUAUGUACAUGCUCUCGCAGAAUUUCAAAAGCUUUGUUAUUGUAAAAUGUUGUGGUGCUGCUGCUUUCUUCUAGAAUUCGAUGACGACGGAAAGUUAUGUUUUAUUUAUUACGAACUGAAUAAAAUAUCCUUGUAGACGUCAUGCAAGUGGUUGGACAUAUAAUAGGAGAAAGCACGUUUUUUGCAAUAUUUUUCUUCACACUUGAUUGAUGCACAUAAAAACCAAUAUCAAUGCACAAUAUUACUUGAUGAUUAAUAGAUAUUCGACAUUGAAAAGGCGAAUAUGAAUUUGCAUGAAAUAAUAAAGUGAGAAAGUUUAUUUUAAAAUGACAGCAAAUUCAUCAUUUGUUUUGCCAUAGUGAAUCAUCUGGCCUCACUUGAUAAAAUCAACCAAUCAAAAUCAAGGAAAUCUGUCCUCAGAUAGAAAAACUACAAAAUUUCGAAUAUUCGUGAUCGAAUGGAAGGAUAAGCAAACCGAGGGCAAUUAAUCUUAAUGGAAGAAGCUGUCAUUUCUUCUUUUAUAUCAGAUCUGUUACUUUUUAUUGUAAAAAAAAAUCUUUGACAUUAGGUAGCGAUAUAUGUGACUUUUAAAGGUAAAUACGUCGCUGAUGACAAAAAUCACCGGCAAAUAGAAGGUGAGAGGCAACUAUAAAUAUGUCUUAAUUGUGUGAGAGAGACUGCUACUAGUGUUUUCUCACUAGGCGUACACUGACUUUUAUUGACCCUUUCCCCUUCUAUUGCGAUAUCGAUUAACUAUUCAUUAAUUAAAUGUUCAGUGAAAGCGUAAGCUGGUCUGCGUUGGACCAGUCUCCAGUCUAUUUUUUCUGCUGCCAAGAAUAUGUAUAGGAUUUUAUUUGUUUAGUUAAAGCCAGAA